AUGGAAUAGUAUUGUCAGCAAUUUUUGAAGGGAUAACCCAUUAUUGAAUUUAACAAUGAUAAACCAGAGAAGAAAAAAGAACGAGAUCCCAAUGCUCCUAAGAGACCUCUUACUCCCUUCUUCUUAUUCAGCCAGAAAUACCGUGAUAAGGUAUUGGAAAGGAAUCCAGGUAUUGAUUAGAGGGAUUAUUCAUUAGAAGUAAAACUGACUCAAAUUUCAUAAAUGGCCGGCUAAAAAUGGAAUUCUAUGAGUGAAGAAGAGAAACAACCUUACGUUGAUUAAUAUAAUGAAGCCAAAAAUAAAUAUGAUGGAGACUUAAAAGUCUAUAAUGAUAAACAUGGUUUAAAUACAAAUGAGAAAAAGAGAAAGAAAUCUGAAAAGCUUGAUGAUAAAUCUGUGAAAUCGGGAUAAGAUUACCCUUUUAAUGAUGUAGAUUCUGAAUCAAUACAACCAGCAGCUAAACAUCAGCAAUAAAUCAAACAAUAAUAAACAUAGAAGAAAGUCAGUCAAAACAUAAAUUCUGAUGAUGACUAACCAAUAUAAUAAACUACAUAAGAUAAGUCAUAAAAAGGGAACUCUUCUAAAUCCAAAAAUAAUUAAGACGUGGAUGAUGAUUUGUAAAGGGAAAUUAUCUAAGUAAUAAAUAAUGAUAAAUCAUAAAAGAGAUAAAGAAAGAAAUGA